AUGGCUUCAUCUGAUUCUUGGUUACCAUUAAAAAGUUUACAAACUAUUUUAAUGACACGUACAUCAUUUAAAGUUAAUGAAGAACAUUUACUUAAUAUAGCAAUAAAAGCACGAUUAGAAAAUCGUGAAUGUGGUUAUUUAUCAAGACGUGGUGGUAGUGGACAAGAUCCAUCAUCAUCAUCACCGAAUAAAUGGCAAUUAAAAUGUUGUUAUUCAUCACGUUCAACAACUAAAAAUAGUAAAGAUGGAGAAAAAUUAAAUUGUUUUUCAAUAUCUUAUACACGUGAUGGUCGUAAUGCUAUUGAAUUUGCAGCUGAAUCUGAAACUGAUUGUCAAGUAUGGAUUGAAUGUAUUCAAUCAUGCAGUUAUAAUCAUUUAUUAUCAGUUAAAGAAGAACUUGAACAAAAAUAUCGACAUUUAUCACAAGUUUAUGAAAGUGAAACUAAAGCAAAAUAUCAAUAUUUACAACAAGUUGAAGAACUUUCAACUGAAGUUCGACAAUUACGUAGUGAAUUAUCUCGCUAUCGACGUCAACAUCAUUUAUUACGAACAAAAAGUAUAGCUGAAGAAGAUACAGAAGAAAUACGAAAAAUAAAAAAAGUUCAAAGUCUUUGUCGAGGUUGGUUAUAUAGACAACGAUGGAAACGUAUUGUUGAAGAAUAUAUACGUUCUCCACAUGCUGAGUUGAUUCGUAGACGUAAUAAUAUAGUAUUUAAUUUGGUUGAAAGUGAACGAGAAUAUGUUCAUCAAUUGGAAAUUCUUAUUGCUAAUUAUGUACGACCAUUUCGAAUGGCUGCAAGCUCAAAAAAACCUCCCAUUACACAUGAAGAUGUUAAUUCAAUUUUUCUUAAUACUGAAAUUAUUCUAUUUCUUCAUCAAAUUUUUUAUAAAGGAUUAUCAAAAAAACUAGAAAAUUGGCCAACAUUUUAUACCGGUGAUCUAUUUGAUAUGUUGAUUUCAAUGUUACAUAUUUAUUUGGAAUAUGUUCGAAAUCAUCAUUAUAGUUUACAAUGUUUAGUUGAAUGUAAAUUAAGUAAUCCAGGUUUUAAUAAAUUUCUUGAACGAUGUGAAAUGAAAGCAGCAUGUGAAGGAUUAACAUUGGAUAUACUUUUAGUAUUACCAAUGAAUCGAAUUCCUUAUUAUAUAGUAACACUUGCAAAUUGUUUAUCACAUACACCACAUGCACAUGUUGAAAGAGAAAAAUUAGAACAAACUAAAUCAAAACUUGAAGAACUUUCAAAAAUUAUGCAUGAUGAAGUAUCAGAAACAGAACAUAUUCGAACAAAUUUAGCUAUUGAACGAUCAAUUGCAGAAGGAUGUGAUGUUUUAUUGGAUGGUAAUCAAGUACUUUGUCGACAAGAUAGUCUUAUAUUAUGGAUCGGUGAUCGAAACAAAUUAAGUCUCGGACAACGAUUUGCAAUACGAGAUCUUCGUCGGCAUGAAAUUGUUGUACAGUGUUAUCUUUUUUCUAAUCAUCUUGUUAUAACUACUCGAGCAUCAAGUGGAAAAUUACAUCUUGUUAAAGGUUGUGGUGUUAUUUCAUUAGCUGACGUUACACUUGUUGAAGAUAUAACAACAGAUCCUCAAUAUUUACUUGCAUCAGUCACAGAAGAAGAUAGUAUUGAUAAUACAAAUUCUGAUAUAUCAGAAGACACAACUACUGAAUUAGAUUUUCAUAUAAUUCGUUUAUUUCGUUUAAUUGUUGAAUCACCUGAUCAAACACCAUAUUCAGCAACAUUUGUUGCUAAUGAUGAAAAACAUAAAUCAGAAUGGUGUACAGAUAUAGCACAAUGUUUGCAAAAUCUUCGUUAUACUCAAUUAGUUACAGGAACAUUUCGUAAUGCAUCAUCAGUUAUUGCACCAGAAUCUGUCAAAUCUGAUGUUAAAUUAUAUAAAGAUGAUGCUGAAAUUAAAUAUUCUAAAACACUUGAUUCAUGUAAAAUACCACAAAUUCGACAUGCAACUGUUGAACGUUUACUCGAACGUUUAACAGAUUUACGUUUUUUAUCAAUUGAUUUUCUCAAUACAUUUCUUUUAACUUAUCGUUUAUAUACAGAUGCUUAUACAGUUAUGGAAACAUUAAUUCGAGUUUAUAAAUCAUCACCACAUACGUCACUUGAUCAAACGAUUGAAAUCGAUGGAACUAAUGUAAAUACAAUACCAAAAACUGACGAACGACAACAAAAAGAAAAAAAGCCAUAUCUAACCAAUGAACAUGAUAAUGAAUUUACUCGACGUGUAUCAGAAGGUGCUAAAUUUUUAACAAUUAAUUCUACAAUUGAACAAGAACGAGAUUUAAGAAGACAUUCACAUAUUGGUACAUUUCAUCGAGCAUUAAGUAUCGAUCAAAAUGAAGCACUAACAACAGCAAGAAUUAACGAAAAAAAAUUAUCAAUAAAAACUAUUGAAAGAUGUGUUGGUUUACCAACAAGUUCAUCCAUGGAUAUUACAGCAUCAAUCGAUAGAUUACAUAGUACUCAAGCUCCACUUGCAUCAUCAGAAACAUUUUCUGAUGUUGUAUCAAUAUGUCGUGAUGAACAACAAACACAUUUAUCAUCAAAUAAUGGAAUAUCGAUUAAUAUAGAUAAAAAUUCUAAUCAAAUAAUACAAGAUAAUGAUUUUAAUUCAUUAGAAAUACUUUUUGAUUUUCCAUCAGUUAAUAUAACCAAUGAUUCUCAAACUGAUAUUGUACGUAAAUCAGAAAAUCGUUGUCGAAUACGAUAUUCAGAAAAUCCUAAUAUAAACAAUACAACUAAAGGGGAAAGAAAAUCUCUUCGUUUUGAAGCAAGUGAUAGUCCACCAACACAAAAACAACGAUUACAACUUGAUGUACAACCAACUACUACAACACAAAAUGUUCUAUGGCUUUCAAAACGUCUAAGUGAAGUUCUUGCAUCACCACGUCAAAGUAUACGUAAUGCAGGUGAAAGUUCAUUUAAAAAAGUUUUACCUGGUGUUGUUGUUACAUCAUCACGAUCAUCUCGUCGUCGAAUAAGUUCAGCUGCAGCAACACAAGCAUUUGCUGUUGCUACAUCAGGUGAAUCACCAAAAAGUAUAAGAAAUGAGCGAUUAGCAAGUAAUCCGGGUGGUGGUUCAAUGUCAAUUCAACCAGCAACAACUAGUAAUAGUGCUAUGCCAUUAAGUGCUAGAGAACAAAGAGCAAAUGAAUAUAUUAUUGUUAAUACAGCUUCAACAAUGCGUGUUCUUAAUGUUCUUCGACAUUGGCUUACAAAGCAUCCAUUAGAUUUUCAUACUAAUCCUAAACUAAAAGAAAUGGUUCUUGAACUAUUGCAAGAUAUGUUAUUCAAUAAUCAUUUAAUUGCUGGUGAACAUAAAGCAGCUGUUGCAAUUAUAAAACAAUUAGAAACAGCUGAAAUAGAUGAAAAAAAUGAACAAUUACGUAUACUUCUUAAUCCAACACAAGUUUCAAAUACAACAUUCGAACAAAUAGCUGUUUCUGAUGUUGCUGAACAAAUGACAUUAAUUGAUCAUAAACUUUUUUGUGCAUUAGGCAGCGAAGAAUUACUUUUACAAGGUUGGAUGAAACCUGGUCGUGAUGAUUUAGCACCAAAUGUAGCUCUUGUAUCUAGACGAUUUAAUGAAAUGUGUCGACUUGUUAUUACAGAAAUAUUAUUAAUACCAACUGUUAAUGCUCGUGUCCAAUGUAUUGAAAAAUGGUGUACUGUUGCUGAUAUAUGUCGAUAUUUACGAAAUUUUAAUGGUGUUCUUCAAAUAAUGGCUGCUUUUGUAAAUAGUUCUGUUUAUCGUUUAAAACAAACAUGGGAUCGUAUAUCAAAACAAAAUAAACAAGUUAUAAAUAAACUUCAAAAUCUUGUUCAUUCCGAUGGGAAAUUUAAAAACUUACGUGAUACAUUAACAAAAGUUGAUCCACCAUGUGUGCCAUAUCUUGGUUUAUAUUUAUCUGAUUUAACAUUUAUUGAAGAAAGUUCAUCUGAUAUAUCAGAAAAUUUAAUCAAUUUUUCGAAAAUGCGAAUGAAAACACAUAUUAUAAAUGAAGUACAUCGUUUUCAAUCUACACCAUUUAAAAUAAAACAUAAUCCACGUGUAUGUGCUUAUUUAUUAGAUCGAUCACGUCUAUUAACUGAAGAUCAAUGUUAUAUUCUUUCAUUAAAACUCGAACCACGGACAUCUCGUGUUGGAUUAACAGGUUUUGGUGUAUAG